CGCAGGAAUCAGUUCAAGCGGCUGCUCCUUGCGUGCGCGUUGCGGUGGUUCUUGACGGCGUUGCUGGUCAUGGGGACGUAUCUGGUGUUGUGGCGGUAUUCGCGCAAAGCAGCCAUGAUUAGCACCAAGAAGAAGGAGUUCAACACGCUGAUUAUCGCGCUGUCGAUUGCGCUGGGUUUGAAUAUUGCGAGUUCGCUGAAGCAUCUCGUGAGGGAGUUGAGGUGGUGGGUUCUGAGCUGGCACGAGUGGAUGCCCAAGGAGGCCGAUUAUAUUCUGCAGAGCGAAAACUUUAGUAGUCUCUUCCAGCUGGGCUAUGUGACGCGUCGGCACUGGGUGAGGGCGUAUGUCUUGUUCUGGGUCAUGGUCAACGUGGCUUCGCAAAUAGCUGUUGCGACGCUUGGCUUGACUUACAACAUCAACUCGGCCGAUACCAUCGCCGUGACCGCGCCUGGGACUGUCGCCAUACCGGACAUGACCAAUAUUCAGACUGGCAAAGUGUUAUCGACUAAUUCACAAGCUACCAGUGCUCUGAGAUACACUGCAAACAACUAUGGUCUUGUCGCUCUUGCAUACGGAUACGGCGCCGUGGACGAGAUGCCCGGGCCCGGAAGCCUCUUCAACUCGGAUGCAGAUCUGAUGUACUGCGAAGAGAAUUCAUGCUACUACGUCUUUUACGAAGCAACGCCCGAUAACCUGGAUUACUACCAGUCGGUGGCGACGAACCGAACGAUAUCCACGCAGGCAACAUGUCAGAGCUGGAGGGUUCUCAAGGGAGGCGAUGGGACGCAGCGCAUAAUCACCAUUGACAACGCAAACAAGACCCAGAUAGCGAUUCCCGCGCAGAACGGAGCGUCGCAGACCACGUUCAUGGUCGAUCCGGACCGCGGAUCCGGGCCGACGUGGGGGCAUGUCUUGGCGUUUGAGGCCUCGGCAACGGAUCCGUGGUUCUACAACUGCAACAUCACCAUCGGGCCGGUCACCAAUGUCGAGCACCCGGUGCAAGAGGUCGGCGUCAACGUCACCACCUUGGCGGCCUCGGCUAUCGCUCUGCAGGGCUACGGCGCCUCGACUCUCGGCGUCAGCUUCAACAGCACUCGGCGCUUCCAGUUCCAGAGCUAUCCGGCCGAAUCCUACUACGGGGGACCCCAAGGGGGCAACAACACUGGCAUGGGCCAGCUCAUGGCGGCCUUUGCCGUUGGCGUCGUUGCCAUCACGGCACAGGUCAACUCCAACGUCAACGCCACGGGGCUGCUGCCCCUGAAGGCCAUCGAGCUGGACAUCACCAGCUGGGUCUAUGUGCACAUCAUCCUGGGCUUGACGGUCGGGCUGCAGCUGCUGCUGGCGGUGAUUGCUGCCGUGAUUGCGAGCAAGGUGACGAUACGGGACCAUAGCUGUGUUGGCUUGGCGGCGGCGCUGCAGCCGUUGCUG